GCAAUGCCCAGCCAACUGUAACUCCAGCAAAUCUCUACCUCUCUGUUGGUUAAGACUUCUGAUCUGCCAAAGAAGAAAGCACAUCAGCCAUGGCCGCUCCAGACCAUCUCUUUGCACUCCGAAACAACUUCUAUUUGGGAGCCUACCAGGCUACCAUUAAUAACAGUGAUAUUCCCCAUCUCCCUUCAGAUGACGCUGUCGAGAAAGACUGCCUCGUUUACAGGUCUUACAUUGCUCUUGGAAGUUAUCAGCUCGUGAUCAAUGAGAUCGGUUCAUCUGCGCCAACGCCUCUGCAGGUGGUCAAAUUGCUCGCUUUGUAUCUCUCUGGUUCCGAAAACAAGGAAAAUACAAUUUUGAGGCUUCAAGAGCUGUUAAAAGAUGCCGCCAUUGGAAGCAACCCUACCUUACGGCUAAUUGCAGGAAUUAUAUACAUGCAUGAGCAGGACUACAAUGAAGCUCUGAAACAUACUAACGCUGGAGGAACUAUGGAACUGCAUGCGCUGAAUGUUCAAAUAUACCUUAAGAUGCAUAGAUCUGAUUAUGCAGAGAAACAGCUAAAGAUCAUGCUACAAAUUGAUGAGGACCAUACUCUGACUCAACUAGCAAAUGCAUGGCUAAAUUUAGCAGUGGGUGGUUCGAAGAUACAGGAAGCAUAUCUCAUAUUCCAAGAUUUCUCUGAGAAAUUUCCAAUGACAGGGAUGAUCUUGAAUGGGAAGGCUAUCUGUUGCAUGCACAUGGGGCGUUUUGAUGAAGCUGAGUCUCUAUUGCUUGAAGCACUAAACAAAGAUGCAAAGGAUGCUGAAACCUUGGCCAAUCUGAUAGUAUGCAGUCUUCACCUUGGCAAAUCAUCAUCUCGUUACCUCAGCCAAUUGAAGCUGUCAUAUCCUGACCAUAUGCUUGUCAAACGUGCAUCAGCUGCGGAAGAAAGUUUUGACAGAGCUAUUCAAGCAAAUGCUUGAAGGCUCUUUUCUCCCUCGUUACAGUUCUCUAUCUCUCUCUUGAAGUCCUAAGGCAAUUUCAUUCAACAAUCAACAUUUACAUCUCAUCAAGUACCAAUGACUUGGCAAAAUCUGGAAUGACUGGCCAGGUCAUGGAAAGAUUAUGCAAAGAGCAUAUUUAGCUAGCUCAUGGGCUAGUUUAUUACAAAAACGAGAUGUAUGAGUAAUUUGCACUGAAAGUCAAGCAGAAGGCUUCUGCAUUCAAGAAUCCUCCAGUGUGGUUCCAAGUCAGAAGACAGUGAUUCCACUACCUCUUUCGCAUCUCUCUAAUGUAAUGCAGUCCAUCUUCAUGGUCUUGGCCAAGAGUAGACCCUCCAAAAUGGCACGAACCUUUGAUUUCAUCAGGAAGAUGCGGUUUACUAUUAGGCCGCUUCAACUAUGAAAUGACCAUCAUGAUUUCUUAUGGCAA